CUUUUCACGCGUCCAUUGUUACGACACUUGCCAUUGAGGCACAUCACGCUCCCGCCAUGCGCUGCUGCAUUAUUAACUAAACCAACGACGCGUUCCCCGGUCGAAAACAACCUCCCACAACAACGAGCGUGAACCAAAACAUCAAAACCACAACAUGAAGCCCUGGCUGGAUGACCUUUCUGAGGAAUGGGUGCCUCAACCCGCACCCACGACCGACUCUCAUUCCCCCGUCGAUUCAUCACCGAAAUCAUCAAAACAGAGCGUAAUUUCGAAGCCGCAGAGCCGACUUCCCCGCUUGCGGCAAUCAUCAGGCUCCUUCUCCGAAAUAUCAGUCCGCCAGGUCGCUCGAGACCUCAAACCUGCGAAACGAAGAAGCGCGCUGGUGGAGCGCAGCUUGAGCGACAAUAAUGUCCACCCAGUCGCAUCGACCGACGUAUCGGAGGUUGCCGGUAGCACCGUUUCUUCUGGGGCAUCUCUGGAUGAAUCGUUCGUCUGCAAUGGCACCGUAGAACAAAAACCCAAAUCGAAGUCGCCGGACAAGCAAGUCACUGAAUACGACACACCGGAGUGGAGAAGGAGACUGUUGAAGGGCGACAUUGGUUACGGCGAUCAGAAGGACUUGUUUAGUCCAAUGGGCCUCGAGAACAUUUUCCAAAAACCAAGCGCUGAGCGAUCGGAUGCACAAACAAAGGAGAAGAGCAGGCUAGGGAUGCUGAAAAAGAUAAAUGCCAUACCAUCCAGUCCGCCGCCGUGGCCCACUGCCAAACCCUCACAGGCCGAGGAGGACCAACUGGUCGAUGAGCUUCUUGAUCUGUCAAUCUCCAACGCUCAAGCUGAAGAAAACCACGAUGCUUCAUUGAGUGAACAGUAUGGACAGAGCUCCAUAGGUGGAUCACAAAUUCGACACUCCACAAGUCAACCCAGCCAACGAACGAUUAGCGGGCAGAUCGAAUUUGAGAACGAGAGUUUCAGCCCAGUAUAUCUUACGACAAAUUUGAAAGUGGGACAGAAUGCUGCCCCAAUUCCAAACUUCACUGGUUCAGAACUGGCAGAUAGGCUACGUCACAUAGGUCCCCGACCUCCCACAGUUGGCAUUCAGCCGGCCUCGGAAGGCAGCUCUUCAAUUCAAAACACUCGUGAAGAAUCCUCCUUCUCGAGGCUCCAGGAUAUGUCCCUUCCAGAGGAUCUCCCAGCUGGAACUCCCGACUUUGCUGAUGUUGGUCGCUUUGUUGAGAUGAGGAGAGGCGGUUACUCUCGCGACGGAUCCUUUAGAAGACGACCGUUGAGUCCAUCUCCUCAAGCGAAGCUUGCCACUCGACUUUCAAGUACUGCGGCGCUGAGUCGAAUAUCUGCUGCAGACGAGGAUGAACAAAGUUCGAGCCCUACCAAAAGCCCUACUACUCCACACAGGCCGCGGCAAUCCGAUCAUCUAAGCCCAGAUCGGGCACGCACGUCUGGAAGUCCACUGAAGCUAUUCGAUGCGCACGACACUUUCACAAGUAAUCGUUUACAACGAAGACUAAGCCAGCUAGACUAUCGUGUCGAGCAGAGUUCUACAAACGAUCAAAAUAGCGAUUCAACGAAAAUCCUUCAGAAGCAGACACGAUUGACAUCGGUAGAGGAGACUAGCGUUCAUAUGAGCACCGCUGGGCCAUCGGACAAGAAACGACAAACAGAUGCUCUUGAGCCCGUUUCAGCAAACAUUGAAAACUUUGGCCAGGGUGCCCUCGAUCAGUAUUCAUUCCCCGAAGAACUUUCCAUCCUAUCAUCACAGGCCUCGCAACUCGACAACAGCGGCCCAGACGGUUCUCCAUCUAUCGAAGUUGCACCUCCUGGGAGCCGACACCCUAUGCGCUUUCAAUAUGAUGAUGGAUCACCGCCGCCUCGAACUUCUUCCCGAGCGAAACGGCAGGGCUUGACGAGGAUAUCGAGCAGUCAUCGAAGGAUUAGCCAAACGCCUUCCCUGCAGCCAGGAGGGGCAGCUCAAUCACCCUUAGACGAAGUGGAAAAGGAGGACGUUGAGCAAGAAUAUGCAGAGGGCAAGCGCGGACCAACUUCUCCGUUCAAGAAUCCUACCCCUAAGCGACGGAGAACAUUACAAGCACUAGAGACAGAGGGUGAUACUGUGGACUGUACUACAACAAAGCCCGUACAAGAUUCUCACGACGCCAUGCAAUCGGUCAUUAGCCGUAAAAGAAAGGACGCCCGCCACGACCAUUCGAUGCAUCUCGCAGACCCAGAGGUUCUGGCAAGGCGGCAGAUACUAAGACCACGAAACCCAACACCAAGUCAGCGCAGGCGUGAGGAGGUGCAGGCAGAGAUCCUAGAGGCAACAGAAGCAUUCCUCCUCUCAUCUCCAAAACUACAUGCCAUACGAGAACAGCUUGACUCAUCGCCUGGCCCCGAUUCUACAUUUGAAGAGUCAAGAGCGACUGCAGUUGCAACACAGGUAGCAGCUUUUAGCAUGAGAAGAACAGAAGUUGCACGAGACGAAAGUCGCAAGCGGUCUGUAACUACACAAGACUUUCUGGAUGAAGCUCUCAAGAUUAUGGAUUACAUUCGGACCAAAGGUCGACCUAUGAGCGGCCUAGCCAGUCUUGAAGAGACCGAGGCCGAAUCGCCAUUUGUACCAGAUGAGGAUGCGCCGCCGUCAACUCCACUAUCAUUUUCACGACCUCCGAGCCGUGAGGGUCGCCAGUCGGAAUGGAAGGAACCCAACAAGCGGGACCUGGAUCCGACCGUUAUCAGCCACCUCCGCCGUUACCAGGACAAGGAAUCAGAUGAAUUUAUGGGGUCUUCUUUCCGUUCAUUGCACCUGCCUUAUGUGGGCGCAAGAGUUGCUCAGGAUGAGAACAGCAUAGUAGCAGAGCAGGAUAAUAUCCGGAUCACAGACAACCUAGACCGUCAUAACAGGACGCCUAAGGAUGCUACUGGCGGCCAUGAUUCACAGCCUAGAACAGGUGGAACUCAUCCCUCAACCGGCUCAUCCAUGGCCCAGACCGUGGUUACUAGCGCAUCCCGACGGUCAGACAAUGUUACCACCAUUGCUGCUGAAAAGGUCGCUCAUCUUAUACCGGAACAGAUAGCAGGCAUGAGUUUUGAUCGCGAAAAGAAUAUUUGGGUUCGACAGAGAAGCAUCACCAAGGAGGUUCGGACAGACGGAGACUUGAGCAACACUCUCGAUAGUGAGGAGGAUCCUUUCGGUAACAUUCCCGAUCUCAGCGUGGAUGAAACGGCCGAAUACCUCAUGAACAAGAAUCUAUCCGCCAGGCCGCAAGCAACGGCAGAAACGUUUCUAGAAGACACGGAGGUUGUUCAUGAAGACGAGGAAGUGCCCAGGCCUACAACGCGCGAAGGUCAAUCUAUUCCCCCUAUCGACAGCAGUUCGGUUCCUUCAAAAGUGUCCAACUUUGCCUGGAGCUUUCCCAAGACCGAGACAAGAGCCACUUCUUGGAGCGAUCAAGAGACCCAGCGUGGUGGUACUCAGAAGCUUCAACCGCCCCCUGUAACUUAUGCAAUCCCUGAAAGUGAUGAGGCGGAUGUCGAACAUGAGAUCAAGUACUUUGAGGGUCGUGGCACGGCACCACCACCAGUACCGCAAGCCAAGAUACGCGACAUCACAUUCUCUAUCGAUGAACAGGAUUUCAGUAUGACUGUCGAACAACAAGGACCUCGACAACAUCCGCGAGGCUGGUCGACAACAGGACCCAAGAGAAACCCUCGCAAGACCCCAUUGUCUGGUGCCCGAACGCUGCCUAACCGCCAGAAAGCGGUGAUGAGGCCGAACAAUGAGUUGGAUACUGUGGAAGAGACAUCUAAUCGCAACUAUCGGAUGCAAGUAUCAAUGAAUGUUUCCGCACCAGUCCUUCAGAAGCAGGACAUGCUGUUUCCACCAUCAUCGCCCGCAAAGGGGGAUGUCACAUUCAUGCUCAGUGAUCUUCCAGAGUUCACGUUGCAUCAAGUGGACGAAUGCGAGCUACCGGAUCGAGUAGUGGUGAAACAUGAUGGUAUUGGUUUCUCAAAGGCUCUUGAGGAUCGUUACGCACAAGGUACUGCAGAUCUUGUCAAGGCAUUGCAGGAUGUUAAGCCCGACGAGCCCUACUGGGAGGACAUUCGCGAAAUCGAUCUGCACGACAGAAGUCUGGCAAAUCUGCACCGUCUCGACGAGUUCUGCUAUCGUCUUGAGACUCUUGAUGUUUCUGACAAUUCCAUCAGUCAAGUCAAGGGGAUUCCCGACUCGGUUAGGCGACUUCGAGCAGAGAACAAUUGCUUGACCGGACUUACGUCUUGGGGCAGCCUUCUGAAUCUACAGCAUCUAGACGUGUCUGGUAACGAUAUCGACAGCUUGGAUGGUCUGGGCGAUCUCAUCCAUCUGCGGACGCUGAAGAUUGACAACAACCGCGUCGAAUCGCUAGAAGGCAUAUUCCAUCUCGACGGACUGAUGGAAUUGAGUGCAAGCGGCAACUGCAUUGAGUUUGUUGACUUCGCGAGAUCAAAUUUGCAAUCUCUCACGGAUCUCAAUCUUCGCGGAAACAAUAUUGUCGAAGUGAGGAACUUGCAUCAUCUCAAGCAGAUUCGGCACUUGAACCUUGACGACAAUGACAUCGAAGCUUUCCCUGUAUGCGACGAGCUUGACGGACGAUGCAAUAUGCUACGGAGCGUACGACUGUGUAGGAAUGAUAUGUCUUCCUUGACGGUCGAGAGCCAUUUCCCCAACCUGGAAUCCUUGUAUGUCGAUGGCAAUGCGCUUUCGCACAUUCCCGGGCUAGCUCGUCUGAAACACCUCCGCACACUGUCAUGGAGAGAACAAAGUGUAGCAAUCGAUACCGAUGCGAAGAACAGCGCAAGCGGGCCCUUCGGAAACGCAGACAUCCGGAGUCUUUACCUUUCGAUGAACCAGAUGCGUACUCUGGAAGUCUCGCAACAUCUGCUGAACUUGCAGCGGCUUGAACUUUCUUCGAUGGGACUAGACGAGUUACCAGACGAUCUCGGACAGCUGAUGCCAAACAUUCGAUCCAUCAACCUCAAUUUCAACUCCAUCAAGGACCUCAGGCCGCUUCUGAACAUCAAGCGACUCAACGAGCUGCUCAUCGCUGGCAAUAAGAUCGCACGUCUGCGCACGAACCUUGCAGUCCUGGGUAAACUGACUACCUUGAAAAAGAUCGAUCUAAGGGAGAACCCCCUCACGCUACGAUUCUACGCCCCAACAUCAGAGAACCGAGUCUUGUCGCUCAGACACAAGCCCAUCCCCGUCGACGACGACACAGAGCGUUUCGUUCUGCCGGACGGCGAUGCGGAGGCCGACAAGCAGUAUCUGGAGAGGCUCGAUUUCGAGACUCGACUUAGGCGGCGAGUGCAGGAGAUUCUCCUCUGUACAAAUUGUAAGAACCUCGAGGAUCUCGAUGGAUUGCCAUUCGACCGAGAACGGAUUCUGGUCAAGGAUGACAUCUGGGAGCGUCUACUCUAUCUCGGGGUGGUGAAGAAGUCGGAGAACGCAGGAAGUUGAUUCACAAAAUGGAGAGGGAGACAUGUUACUAUCCUAUCUAUCAUGGGAGAAUUGCGGGACCUUCGGAUUUCUCAGGGAAACGGCGUUAUGAUGAUUUUUGGUCGCUUGCAUAGCCCUGGUGGCUCUUUGGGAAGGAAGGGCAACGGAGUUACACAUAUAUCUUUUAUCGGUGAAGAGGGAGGUGGUGUGGGUUGUAGGAGACAUCAUGCAUUUUGUAUUGGGGGUUUAUUAAUGGCUUUUAGAUGAUGGUGGCACACUG